AUGUCCGAAGAAAACAUGUUUAGUAUCACUAGAGCAUCCACUGGUAAUGCUGCAAGGACUGGAUUGCUCAAUCUACCAAAUCGUCAACCUAUCAAAACACCACACUACCUGGCUCUGGCAUCUAGAGGAGCCAUCCCACAUUUGACUCAGGACAAUGUAGUCAAACAUACCGAUAUCCGCGGCGCAUAUAUGGCAGUGGAAGAUUUCGUAGAAAAAGGUACCCCAAUCCUCAAGUACAACCCGCCGAAUGGAACAUCAAGAUUGCGAGCAUACACCGCUACUCCCGAUAACCACCUCUUGGUUCUUGGAGCCCGCCGUUCACCACCUGUGCCUUCACCAGGAGCAAGCACCGAUGCUCAAAUGGCCAUCAUGACUGCAUUCGGCUUCACGAAGCUUCAGGCCACCACUUUCAGAAGCUUGACUUCUUCGCUGGAUCCGGAUAUCGUUGUCGGACUAGGAGAUAUCCCAUACGGCUACUACAAAGUCAGCUACAAGAAAAUCGACAAGAUCACGGAUAGAACAGCAAGAUGGAUGCAAGCGCAUGUGCAAGAAAGAGCUGUGGCUGCCAAAGAACAAGCAUCUAAACAACCGAUGUUAUAUGCGCCACUGCUGCCUUUGUCCUGCGAUGCGCAAAGAUAUUAUACCGAUCAUCUGGAGGAUAUGGUGAACGAUAUCCAUGGAUUGGCCAUCUACUCUACAGUCUCCAUGGCCGACCUGCCCGCAGAGCUGCAGCAUCUCCCUCGUCUGGGAUUAACGGAACCGAACAAUCCACGCGCAGUGCUUCAGGAUAUCUCCCACGGCAUCGACAUCACCACCCUCCCAUUCCUCAGCAGCGUAACAGACGCCGGGAUAGCUUUGGACAUCCGCUUCCCUGUCGCCAACCCUUCACCAGACUCACCUCUCCCUCUAGGCGUAGAUAUGUGGGAUACCGCACACGCAACAGAUGUCUCGGCUCUACGGGAAGGAUGCCCUUGCUACGCAUGCACAAAUCACCAUCGCGCAUUCCUCCAACAUUUACUUUCAGCAAAGGAAAUGCUAGCUUGGGUCUUGCUGCAGAUUCACAACCAUCAAGUCAUGGAUCAAUUUUUCCAAGGUGUACGCGAGAGUAUCGAAAGAGGGACUUUCGAACAGGAUGUUGCAGACUUUGAACGGGUUUACGAGCCAGAGUUUCCAGAGACUGGUGGUCGUGGUCCUAGACUGAGAGGCUAUCAGUUCAAAUCAGAGGGGCCUAAUGAGCGUAAGAGAAAUCCUGCGCCGUUUACAGUGUACAAGGGCAAGAAGGGCGAUCAGAGUGAGAAGAUUGUGGAGAAGGGAUCAGUUCCUGUACCGGGCCCUGAUGCCAUGGCAGAAGAUCUGGAAAAGGUCGGUUUUGCAGAAAAGGCAGAGUGA